UCAACUCAGAUCAGGCCACGUAAAUCUAAGCGAAAUUUUAUUAAAACAAAAAAUUGAUGUCACAGGUGUAAUCCACAAUUCAAAUUAAACUACCCCAAACAACAGUCACUUUUCCAACCAGUCAGCUUAGAACAUUAAACAGAUGAAGCAAUCACUUUCUAUGUCCCUCUGAUUCUACCAAAAACAACUGAGAGUUGAAGAUUAUAUAGCUCAAUUGGAGGACAAAGCAGCUGAGAAAAAUGGCAGGAUUGUUCGACAAACAAGCCAAGAUAUAUUUGGAUGCAAGGCCAAAAUACCCAACUGAUUUGUAUUUGAAGCUAUCUCAUCUUACUCCUUGUCAUUCUCUGGCUAGGGAUGUCGGCACCUGCAAUGGCCAAGCGGCAAUCAGUGUUGCUAAAUAUUACGAAUGAGUGAUUCCAAUAGAUAUAAGUGAAACAUAACUAAAGUCUGCAAUACUAAAUCCUCAAGUUGAAUACAAGCACACCGCAUCAUCCAUGUCUGAGGAUGAACUAGUAGCUCUAAUCGGAGGGGACAAUUCAGUUGAUCUGGUAACCGUGGUCAAAACCAUUCACUGGUUUGACCUAGAAAAUUUCUAUUCAAUUGUAAAAUGAGUUCUGAAAAAACCAGGAGGUAUAAUUGCAGUUUGGGGCUACAAUGAUUUAAAAGUAAGCCCUGAAUUUGAUACUAUAAUGAAGGAGCUACGUGAUGUAACAACACCAUUUUGGAACCCUAAAAUCAACUACUUAUUAGAAGGGUACAAGACCCUUGCAUUUCCUUUUCAAAGUGUAGGGUUAGGGGUUGAAGGGGAGCCAAUGGCAUUUGAGAUUCCAAAGAAGUUGGCAUUUGAAGGGUGUUUAAGUUUGCUAAAAUCUUCUUCUACAAUUACUUCGGCUAAGGAACAAGGGGUGGACUUGUUAUCUGAAAACCAAGUUAAGAAACUUGAGACUGCAUGGGGAGGGCAAGACUUGAUUAGGUCUGUCUCUUACAAGGCCUUUAUGCUAGCUGGAAAAGUUAAGAUUUGA